AUGACGUGCCGCGACCGGACCAUCGAGUUCCAGUCGGCCUGCAAGUCUCUUCAAGGAAGACAGAAUGGAGUGCAGCCCAGUAAACCAGUUGUCAGUGCUCUCAGGCAACGCAGUGACUUCACGGUCAUGGCCAAGAGAAUUGGAAAAGACCUUAGCAAUACAUUCGCCAAGCUGGAAAAGCUCACAAUUUUGGCCAAAAGAAAAUCUCUAUUUGACGACAAGGCAGUGGAGAUUGAGGAGCUCACAUAUAUCAUUAAACAAGACAUUAACAGCCUAAACAAACAAAUAGCUCAGCUACAAGACUUGAUCAGGUCACGCGGUGCUGCGGGUGGCAAACACAUCCAAACCCACUCAAACACCAUUGUGGUGUCCUUACAGUCAAAAUUGGCCUCAAUGUCUAAUGACUUCAAGUCAGUCCUGGAAGUCAGAACGGAGAACUUAAAACAGCAGCGCAGCAGAAGAGAGCAGUUUUCUCAACCUCCUGCCGCCUCCUCACCUCUUAUGGCCAAUAACUUCAGUAAAGGCUCUGUCCUGAUGCAGGAUGAGUCCCGGAGUCUGGGCGACGUGGCCAUCGACAUGGACUCUCAAGCCAACCCCAUGCAGCUCCAGCUCAUUGACGAGCAGGAUUCGUACAUCCAGAGCCGCGCUGACACCAUGCAGAACAUUGAGAGUACCAUCGUGGAACUGGGCUCCAUAUUCCAGCAGCUGGCACAUAUGGUCAAAGAACAGGAGGAGACCAUUCAGAGGAUCGACUCCAAUGUCGAGGACACACAGCUUAACGUGGAAGCGGCCCACUCGGAGAUCCUCAAGUACUUCCAGUCAGUGUCCUCCAACCGCUGGCUGAUGAUCAAGAUCUUCCUGGUCCUUGUUGUAUUCUUCAUUGUUUUUGUCGUCUUCUUCGCCUGA